GCUACAGUUGUUUGAUUUCAUUAUUGACAUACAUUAUUCAAAACACGAGAAUCACGACAAGAAUAAAUUUUAAAAUAGUUCUCAUAUUCAAAGAAUGCCGAUGAAAGAAUAUCAAGACAAAACAUGGUAUAGAUCCAUUUACAAAUGCGACUACAACUGGCCUACAGUUUAUACAAAAACAGUACCAGAAGUUAUAGUUACAAAUUUUCCUGAGCAUUGCAAAGACCUAUCACCAAAAGUCCCCUGCGAAUGUGCUGCUCAUUUCUGUAUUUGCAAGCAGAAGAGAUACACCAAAGAAGAUCCUGCUCCAAAUCUUUCACUUGAAUAUGAUCUGGAAGCUCAGAAGUAUCUCCAAGGAGUCAAAUCUGUAUACCGAGACGACUUUUCACCAGAGGGUUCAAGGGAAGAAGAUCAAGAAAUUCUUCCAACAGAUGUGUGCCCCAAGCUGAAUACUCCGUACACGAGAAUCUGGAACCCGUACCUUGUACCCAAAGACGCAUUCCGCCCUGGACAACCAAGACCUUUGGGGUGUCCUCUCACCAUUGAAUCAGUGACUAAACCUGUCGAUUAUACAAAAACAAAAAAAAGGGAACAAGCCAGCUUCAGAGACGUUGAGGAGUUGUUUAGAUUUCCCUCUACUCUACAGAAGAAAAUCAUGGUACAGAAUAUGCAGGCUCAGAAGAUCGGAAUAUGUCGCGAGACGCCAGCGGCUAGGAAGCGGAUAUUCUGAAAAAAUAAUCGAUGAUGCUAUUAUUUAAUAAAAGAUAAUUACUUUUUUUUCA